UGUUAAUGUGCGGCCGGUUGAUUUUUACACAAUUCUAGUUUUAGCAGCUACUUGGGCUUUCUUAAUACCUUUAAGAUAAAUCACAAAGUUAGACUGUAUGAUUCUUAGCACUUUGUCAGCACUUAAGCAUUAGCCAAUUUGACACAAUCAAAUGCAGUGAUUUAGUUAAAGGUUUGAGAAUGGCAAGGUUCAUUUGAAACUUACAGACAGGGUAUUGGAGGGGAGGUUUCUAAACUCAGUUGCAUGCUCAGGGACCUUCUCUCCUUGGGUGGAUUACUCACCUUUACCUUUCAUUGGCUCUCAGCAGAUGAUCUGUCCCAAAAAGGGCUCCUCUUCUUCGACAUCUUUCAGCAGUGAACCUCAAGAAGCUUACUUUGAGAAGUGUCCCAGCUCAGAGAGACAUCAUGGAUCACAGCCUGCUGCAGUCCUUGAGAGCUCAAGGGGCUCUUCACUUAGGGCCAUUAUUUAUAGACAACAAGACAAUUGACUUUAGCCUGCAAACUUUCCACUCUGGCCACAACUGAGGUGAGGCAGUCCUGGAACUCUCUCUUCCAGCCCUGUCAUUUCAGUACUCUCCAGCUCGUACUGUCUUGGUACCUCUCAGAUCAGACUGUGGCUCAAAGUGCCAGAAUUCCAGUCAGAGGUAGGGAGUGCCUGCUCAUCCCAUCUCACUUCAGUCAAAGCACAAUGGUAGCUUAUCUUGAGAUUGCAGAGUGGUUCGGGGGGCUGCACCACCACAACAGGUUAGCCUGAGUCUGCAGCCCUGCCUGUAUGAUUCUACUGUAAGAGAGGUGGAGUAGCUACAGGAGGCCUAACAGAGGUGUUCCUCUGUCUUUCUUGCUUCAGGCUUGAGGAUGAAGUAUCCAGCUCAAUUUCUUUUCAGUGUGAGAGAGCGUCUGCACAUCAGAGAAUAAUCUCAUGCACGCUCCUAGGCUGCUGACCAGCUUUCUUUCCAAUGACCUCCUGAACCACAUUGUAUUCAAAGCAGCAGAGAAAUUACACAGAACAUCUGAAGGGGGGCCCCAACCAACGGGAGCUCUGGAGCAGAACAAAAGGAAAUCAAGUAGGUCUAUGGGGCAUGUAUGGGAAGCGGGCUGCUCCAGACAGACACACCCCAAGGUGUUCACCCUUACUUUAGCAGCUGAAGUUCUUUCCCAGUGCCACGGAUGGUGUUACCAGGCGAAAAAAAAAAGCAACAACAAAACAUGGGAGAUUUAUCUCGAAAGUGCCUCUGGGAACUCCUAAUAGUGCUUCUUGGAUGUAAGAUUCUUGUAAAUGACACAUUGAAAUGAUCAGCUUCCUUACAAAUGAUCCUAAAUUACAUCUGCCUAUCCAUCCUUUGCAAGUGAACACUCUCCCUUACCAGUGACCUGCUGGUAACAGGUCUCUCAGCAGUUUCUGGUGCUUCCCAGCUUCUUUCCAGAUGUGGUGUGUCUAAGUAAAAGCUUCCCUUUGUGUGGGACUAAGUCAGAAGAACCCACUCUACCACAGCACAAAAGUGAGGCUGCCCAAAUUCAUACACUAGGAAGUACCAGUAUAAUAUCCCCUGCUUAAUCUUAAUUCGGAUGUUUGGGACCAUGCAUUGUUAUUACAGAGGCACUAACUGCACAUUUACGUGAUCUUUUCCAGAUAAUUCAAAGACAUUUUGGUGAACAGUUUUUCUAGUCCUCAGUGCACUUUCCUAAAUAUCCUGGAAAAGCUUUCAUUAAUUUAUAAACACCAUUUUCCUCUUCAUUCAACAUGUUUUUGAAGCUGUGGAUUAUUUCCUGUGAUUUCAGUGCAAGAAUCUCAUUAGCUUCUCUGCAUCCAUAAUUCAAAGGGAAAACACUAGAAUGGUGACACACCAAAAUCGGAAAGCUGUGAAAUUUGGAAGUUUGUGAAGCUGAGUCCAAGGCUUGGGCACUGUUUUGAUGAAAGCCAGAAAUGUGUUUGCAGGUUGCUAUCUUCUCUCACUUUUCCAUUAAAUAACAAAUGCUUUUAUCCAUCUCGUUUCUCCUAAAAAUGCUUCAGACAAUUGCAUGCAGCAAAUAAGAGCCUUUGAAAAAAAGACUUGUUCUCAGAGUGCUUAUAAUUCUGUAGGCCUCUUCAUUUUUAUUAAUGUCUGCUUAACUCAAAAGCCUGAGGUUUCUUUCUUUCCCCGAAGAAGCUCCCAAUUCUCAUCUCAAUAAAUAAAUAAAUGCAUAAAUGAUCGGAAGCAUUCUUCAGCAAAUCAGAGCAGAGCAGAGGUGAUUUUUUUGAUGGUUUGAUUUUCUAAAGUUCAUACUUAAAAAAUUGUAAAGGCUCAAUUUCUGCGCUUCUCUCCCUACCAGAAAUUUCCCCAAGACGGAGCAGGAGAGGCUGUAGGAGUGCAUACUUAGGAGCUGCUGGAAUGCAGUUCAAAUCAUCACCAAAGAUCUCCGGUGACCGUUUUUUUCCACCUCCUUGCCCUCUUCUGUAGAAAUGAAACUUUGCUUUUGCCUGGCUAGGGUUUAAGUGCCCCCCAAAGCCCUCCCUGGCCCCGGCCCCAAGGCCGGCGUCGGCGCGGAGCUGCAGCAGCUGGGCAGCAGAGGGCAGCAGGAGCCGUGCUGGAGGAGCCCGGUCCCGUAGCGGCUGCCCGCAGCCCGGCUCUGCCUCCCCACCCACUGCUCUCACCACCCACCGGCGGGGCCGGGCUGCGUGUAGCUCGGGGCAGUGCAGCUCGGGCUCGGACAGAACGGGUAGAAAGAGAGCAGCGGGCACCUCGGCCGAGCGCAUGGAGAUGCACAUUCCUUUUCUCCUAUGGGCCAUCCUCUUUUUUGGAGUGAUCAGUUCCAGUCCAGUCCCAAGAAAGCUCUUUGGGGAGAUCAGAUCUCCAAACUAUCCCAAGCCAUACCCCAACAAUAACAUCAGCAGUUGGGAUAUCGUUGUUCCCAAAGGCUAUGUGGUGAAGCUGACCUUCAGAUAUUUUGACCUGGAGCCAUCUGAGACCUGUUUCUAUGACUAUGUUAAGAUCAGAGCAGACAAGAAGAGCUUGGGGCGAUAUUGUGGGCAGCUUGGGUCAACCACAGGCAAUCACCCAGGAAGAAAAGAGUUUGUAUCUAAGGGAAACAGGAUGCAUCUUUCAUUUCACUCUGAUUUCUCCAAUGAAGACAAUGGCAUGGUCAUUCCCUACAAGGGCUUCCUGGCCUAUUAUAAAGCUGUGGAUCUUGAUGAAUGUGAUCCUAACAAUGCUGCUGAGGAUGGUGAGGGGCUUCGGUGCCAGCAUAUCUGUCACAACUAUGUGGGUGGCUACUUUUGUUCUUGCCGACCUGGCUAUCAGCUCCAAAGCGACUACCACUCUUGCAAAGUGGAGUGCAGCAGUGAGUUGUUCACGGAGGCAUCUGGGUACCUGAGCAGUCCUGACUAUCCCCACCCCUAUCCUGAAGACCUCCAGUGUAACUACAGCAUCCGUCUGGAAAAAGGCCUGUCUAUCAUCCUCAAGUUCUUGGAACCCUUUGAGAUUGAUGACCACCAGCAAGUCCGUUGUCCCUAUGAUCAGCUCAAGAUUCAAGCACAAGGGAGAGAGAUUGGUGAAUUCUGUGGCAAGAAGUCACCUGGCAGCAUAGAAACCAAAAGCAAUGAGGUGGACAUACUGUUCUUCACUGAUGAAUCAGGGUUCAGUCGUGGUUGGAAGAUCCACUACACCUCAGAGAGAAUACGGUGCCCGCAGCCUGUCCCACGGGAUCAGUUUACCAUCAUCAGAGACCUGCAGCCUGUGUAUCGAUAUCAAGACUAUUUCAUUGUCAGCUGCCAGACUGGCUAUAACUUGAUGAAGGGCAACCAGAAGCUGCUGUCCUUCACUGCUGUCUGCCAGGCUGAUGGGACAUGGCAUCAACCCAUGCCCCACUGUGAAAUUGUGAACUGUGGCAACCCUGCAGAACUGACUAAUGGGAUAUUCAGUUAUGUUAAUGAACCUGCAAGCAACAUCUACCAGUCAGUGAUCACAUACCAGUGCAAUGAACCAUAUUAUCACAUUGUCACCGGAGCAGGAGGUGAUAGAUACACCUGCUCUCCUGAGGGAACCUGGGUGGAUCGAGAUGGCCAGGAGAGGAUUCCUACCUGUUUGCCAGUGUGUGGGAAGCCGGACAAGCCUGUUGUUGAAGUCCAGAGGAUUGUGGGUGGUGAGCGAGCAGGCAAGGGCAAUUUCCCUUGGCAGGCUCUGACUCACAUCCAUGGACGUGGAGGUGGAGCACUCCUGAGUGAUCGCUGGAUCUUGACCGCUGCCCACACCAUCUUCCCCAAAGGGUCAGCAAGGAACAAUGUAAGCCUAGAUGAGCUAACAAAGGAGGCUGACAUUUACCUUGGCCACACCAAUGUGGAUGAGCUCCACAAGAUGGGUACCCACCCUGUACGUAGGAUCUUUGUCCAUCCUGAUUACAAUCCUAACGAUGAGCAUAACUACAAUGGAGACAUAGCACUGCUGGAGCUGAAAUACCCAGUAACCCUAGGCCCUACAGUACUCCCCAUCUGUCUCCCAGAUACUAGCAACACCACAUUCUACAUGGAUGGGUACAUGGGCUACGUGAGCGGCUUUGGUGUGGAAAAAAACUUUCUUUCAAAUCAUUUGAAAUAUGUGAAACUACCAGCUGUUUCUCACGAGAAAUGCCAGGAAUGGCUGGAUACUAAGACUAGAGACAAACCUAUGGUUUUCUCUGAGAAUAUGUUCUGCGCUGGCUUCCUCCGUCAGAAACGAGAUACAUGCCAGGGGGAUAGUGGGAGUGUCUUCACAGUGUUAGAUGUGGAAAGUGGUCGGUGGGUGGCUACAGGUAUUGUUUCUUGGGGUAUCGGCUGUGCCCAAGGUUAUGGCUUCUACACCAAGAUCCUCAACUAUUUGGACUGGAUCAAAGGGAUAAUAAAGGAGGAUAGGCUCUAAAUGUUCCUGUCCAGCUGAAGAAUCACUGAUAUCAUAUAGAUUUCCAGAUACAGAAGAUCAUAUCCAAAGCUUUUGUUGAUGUCCUAAAGGCUUUUCAAACACAGAGACCAUGUAACCUUAAUCAUGAGCAUUUCUGAAAACCACUGUAUUGUCUGAUGAAUUUUUGGUGGCACCAUCAAAACUGAGCACAACUGCUGUCCUACCAGCAGUCUGUGGAAGGCCUUUGUAGGUGUUCUAGUUCUUCCAAAUGAAGUCUUAUUUUUGGAUGAAGUCUUAAUUAUAUCAGAGAUGUCAUGGCAGCAAACAUACCAUUGUCUGAAGUGCUGACAACAUCAUCAAACUACUGCAGUCUAAUUUUGUAGGCCACAUUGUGUGGAAAGUUUGCAGUGCAGCAAACCUUGAAGGAUGUGCUGAGUACAGUGUGCAUAUGCCCAUUGGCAUCAGUGAAAUUCUAUGAAUAUUAAAAUAAUUGCUGGAGAAA